AUGGGAAGCAUUCUUCCCGCCGUGCUCCUGCCUGCGAAGGAGAAGGGCUUCUCAGCCAUCCAUCUAGCAGCUCUACACGGCCGGCUGGAGUGCCUGAAACUGGUAGUCGAAAAGUUUGAGGUUGAUGUGAACUUGGCCAGUCUGACAGGAUGGACACCCAUUCACCUGGUGAUGAACAAGGAGAGUGGCCCCAGGGCACUGGAGUGUUUGCAGUACCUCAUUGGAAAGGGGGCAGACAUCAAUAUUCAGAACCAGGGCGGAACGUCACCACUUCACAAGGCAGCCAGUGAAGGACGCCUCAACUGCAUCAUUGAACUGGUCAAGGCUGGAGCUGAUGUCCAUGCCAAGGAUGCAGAGGGGCAGCAGCCCAUUGACCUCUGCAGGAUAUGGGCCCACAGGAGCUGUGCUAGGUACCUGAGUGAUGCCAUGUGGAAAAUAGACAAGCGCAAUUUUGCACGUGAAAUGCACAAGCUGAACCAAAUCAAAAGUAAAUGUCAGCGCUCUGAACAACACUUCUGGAAGAUAGAGCAGUAUGGCCUGGUCUGGAUGACAAAUGUUCUAUCUAAUGACACAGGACUGACUUCAUUCUGUGUGUGUUUAUUACAGAGGGAGCAGGAAUUGUUGAAUAAAGUGGCAUUUUCUAACUGGCUUAGACUGAAGCAGCAACAGCAGUUGCCUGACUCUACUAAAAGGAUGCAUUUUCCCGAGGACAGAGUGAAGCUGGAUGCUGUCCCCAAGAAGCAAGUGGCUAAAAUACCUCCUGGAGAAAAAAAAAUCAGCGUACAGGCCAAGCAUAGGGCAAAGGUUAAAGGGGAACCUCGUUUAUCUGCUGCUGCUCAGCCCCCCGCUACGAAAUCACAGCGAGCUUGGAAUGGCAGCGUCAAUCCAUCCUCUCCUCUGGUGACAAACAUAUUCCGACCUACAACAGUCCGGCUGGGCACCAACCCUGAGGCCUGUGGGGAUCAUGACUUCAGCUCCUUCUUGUUUCUCUCCCAGGACUCGCACGGCCAGCCGGUGAUCGAAAUGGCUUACAAUGGCAGACUUUCCCCUGUCCCCAACCUGCCCUAUGAAGUGAUCAAGAGGAGCCUGUUCCCCCAUGCUCGGCCCAUCAGAGUAACGAUGCCGCAGGGAUUUAAACCCACACACAUCUUUGAUGUGAAAAGGAAGCGGCUCCCGAGCCUGGAGCACCGGUGGACGGACGAAAUGGCUGUGAGCUUGCGGGAAACCCUGGACCCAGCAUUCAGAGCUACGCUAAAGGCUCACCUCUCUGCAAUCAACCACAGCAGCUAGAACUUCCAUCUGCAAAACCAGGGCUUCAUCCUGCGAGGCGCUGACCCCCCUCCAACUCCCACUGAUGUCAGUGAAGAGCAGAGGGUGCUCAGCACCUCAAUGGAUCAGCCCUCAUAUGGAUACUCUCCCCCUACUUCCAUGCUGCCUUUUUCUGACUCUUGGCUUUUGAAUAUUCAGCUUAAAAUGGCUUUGACUGGCAUAACCCAGCUAUGUGACUUCCUGAGCUGGAGCAGGUAAGGAGUCGGUAUCACUAACACCUGAAGUGCCUUAUGAUCAUAAGAGAAUUAGCCAGGAAAACACUAACUCAAAGAUAUCAGCCAUUUAAACUAGGACGUGCAUUAAACCUACUGCUCUUCUGUGCUAAAGCCUUGUGUCCUUGCUCACCAAUACAACCGAAUUCCGGGUGUUUUGGGAUUACUGGGCUGAUGUCUCCAGAACCUCGCUUCUUCCACCAGACCAGUAACGACUCCACAGCAGCACAGAACCUGAUGGGGAGGACAGGCCCCAGAGUGCCAAGGAUUUGCUGCCCAACAAAUUCUAAGCUUUCCUACAGAGCCCAAGAUCCACAUGCUCUCUCUGCUUCUUGGCACCACGCUGGCAGUGGGGUAUGGGCCCUGGCUAAGCUUUCCCUCCCUGCUAUAAAAAGAUAUGCUCAGAUGCAGUUCACAGCAGGGGCAAAAGAUCAGGCUGGAUUGAACUGAAAACAUGGCAGGCAAAGCCUAUGCUGCCUUCCUUCAGAGUAUCCAUCGUUCCCAUGGAUUAAACAGAGCCCACACAGACCUGGGCCCCUAUUUCUCUGCAUUUCUUUGGUGUCACAACCUCAGGUUUCAUUUUCAAACGUAGUCUCUAACCCUUCUGGCUGCCAGCUGUGAGCUGAUGCGGUACUGCCAGCCAGAGGUGGCAAACAGUUUGAAGCAGAGCUGGCAGCUGCACUGUUUGUCUCCAUACAGUAUUAACUCUGAAACCUACCACUCACAUCUCUGCACUGUUAAUCUUAAACAUAUUUGCAAAAACAUCCAACUGAGGUGCCUAAUCCAGGGCUGUUUUUUUUAAUACAGUGGCAGAUAUUAGGGGGACAAUCAUAGGAUUGUAGGAGUGGAAGGGCCCUUGAGGGGUCACGGCAGGACUAAGUACUAUGUAGAUCAGUGGUGGAC